AUGGUUUAUCUGGAGGAAAGAGAAUAUACCAACCUACAGAACUGGCAGGUGAAAUUAUUAGGGUGGGCUUUCGGAUAUUUCUAUGGGGAGCUGUUAUUGAGAGAUGAUGUGUUGGAUACUUGCGAGGAUGAAAGGGUGGAAUGUUUUAACAAGGAAAUUAAGAAAUGUUCCGAAAUACCGAGAAUUAGGGAGAAAUGGGGCAUACCCAAGGCGCCAACUUCCAAUGACUUCAUUAAGGACUUUCAGUAA